AUGGCAAAAACCGGGUCGUCUUGGAAGUCACCAGCAUGGGCUGGGUCGCAUUGCAGCGGCGACAAAACGGGUCAUGAGGUGGAGGAGGAGUUUGAUUCCCAACAAGUUGCGCAGUGCCCGAGGGUGUCGGGGAAGAGGGAGAAGGGAAGGAUAUGGAUGAGCAGCACACGGGCCUCGCACGUGGUAACGGGCACUAAGAUGACGCCAGUGGCCGAACGUUGGCCCGAGCCAGACUUUUGCUCAUUCCCGCGUGAGCAGUGCCUGGUUACUGGUUCCACUCAUGAUUGCGCGGUCAAAUCACCCAAUAGUUACAAAGGAUGCGUGCGGCUUCGCGGCACGCUAGUCGGAAACAUAGCGCUCGGACUCCUAUUUGAAAAAAGUAAAUGCACCGUGCCGGACAUUUAUGGCAUGCCUAUGUCGGAUUGUGGUGGCCUUGCAACUCUCAUCACACGCUAG